AUGCAACGCAUCACACCAUCUCAGUUGGUGUUUGACUACAAGGACAUCAGAGGAAUCGCCUGGAGAACCAAGACCACAACCAAAGGUCAAGCCUUUGGAUGUCUGGCUUCAGGUUUCAUGUCACUGAGUUCACAUACAUGGAUGCUGAUCUUUUUUCGUGCUCUGGAUGAUGUUUUUGCCACUCAUGGCAAUUCACAAUUAGACUUCAUUAUCCCUCGCAUCACCAUGAAAGGAUCACUGGAACUGGUUUUACCUUUGGAACCCAUGCGCUACACAGAUGCGUUGUACUAUUUGAGGACGUUCAUUCACAUCCCAUGGCGGGCUGCUGGUUCGAGCCCUUUCAACCCAAGCAAUUAUACGAUUCACGGCCUCAAGGCCACCUUCUUAUCCUGGAGCGCUCAGAUUCCUGCGAUCUUUGAGGAACAACGGAGACAACAGGGCCACCACCGGUCCAUCAACCAAUCAGUCCGACUGUAUUCACGGGAUGAUGUGUAUCCCCAGCUACAACUGCAGCAGACACUGAUUGACUCCAUUGUCACUGACUUUCGACCAAAGACUCCAGUUCACCGUGGGGGUCAGACGCCUGCAAUCGAACCUGCAAUCCGAUUGGAACGCUAUCGCAAAGAUGCAACAGAUUUCAAUUGGAAGUUCUUCUUUUUUCCUCGCUCACCUGAGGGAAAGCGUUCCAGCUCGUAUGGAAGCAGACGAUUGAUCGCUAUGGCCCAUUCACAGGUGCAGAAAAAGGAUAUCGCUUGGAUCCCUUGGAAAUAUCGAUUGUCUCAACAACGCCUUGAAGAAAUUCAGAUGGCUCGGCCUAGCAAAGUCGCAAAAACAGAGCCGACCAGUUUGCAUCAACUUUUAUGGGACGAUCCCCCUAGCAUUGACGUAUCCAAUGCCAAUAUGGGUUUCAACGGUAUCCGCACGAUGCUCGAGCUGGUGGCCACAGCUUAUGCACUGGUUCAGGGAUGCCAUUUAGGACGUGUCAAGGCCUACAACUUGAAGUUCUUAGGCCUGAUUUCCACACGGCUCGACGCUGACCUGGGACUCUGUCAUGUUAAUGUUCUUGAAGCUCAGGCCGCUGACCGCAUGUUAUGGGGCAUCAUAGCUGACUUAACCACUGAUAAAGGAUGGAACCUUAACGAUAGCUUGCAUGAAGUCACAGUUUUGCGAUCAGAUAUGAUUGGGCUCCUCCAACCUCGACCCAAAGCCAUCCAGAGGUAUCACAAUUCAGACAUUCCCACGGCGUCCAAUGCCAAAGGACGAAUUUUCACUGAUAUUUUUUGCGGAUUUGACAGUCCGUUGGCCUCAGCCAUUUUGGCUGCUGGAGGCCAAGUGUUUCGAGGGUCAACUGCUUACAAGCUGGUUACUGUUCUGGCUCCCAUGGCCAUUUGGAGCAACCGCCAAAUGCGAUGUCAUGGGAGGAAGAAGUAG